UUUGUAUGAAUAGAUUGCUUCUUCUCUUCGUACUUGCUCUGUUUGCUUCCGUUUCUGUUUCUGUAGAAGGAGACAAUGCACCUUCUCCUUCACCGAACUCAUCAUCUAAUCCGCCCCCGCCGGGGACGGCAUUGCCGCCCUCUCCAGCGUCUUCUCCGAAGAAAUCUCCCCCGUCUCCUAAGCAAUCCCCUGCAAAGUCUCCGGCUUUAUCGCCGCCUUCGGCAAGUCCGACCAUUUCUCCAUCUGGGUCUGCCUCGUCGCCGGCUUCAACCCCUUCCGCGGACUCCCCUUCUUCGGUGUCUCCGGCUUCCAGUCCGUCUUCGAAUGGGUCUUCUCCGGUUUCAUCCCCGCGUUCUCCUUCGCCGACGGUUGCAUCGCCUGUGGCUACCCCGGCGGCGACUCCAGUGAGCAGCCCAGUCGGGGCUCCGCCAGUGGCCGAGGGACCUUCCACCGCGGCAACUCCUGAGUCUUCUGCAAGUAUUCCUUCGAGUUCGGAAACUCCAUCGGGCUCACCAGUAACCCUUCCGUCAAGCAGAAGUUCACCGGUGAUGGCGCCGGCGAGUUCAUCUCCGGAAGCGAGUCCGGCAAGCGAUGAAUCGGGUGCAACUUCAGCAUAUGGGUUUUCGGUUAUUAUGUUUAGUGUGGGCCUUUUGUUUUGCUCCGUCCUGGUCUUGUGACUGUGAGGCAGGGCAGUUUUGGUCAUAUAUCACUCUGUUUUAUUUACUUUUUAAUAAUUGUUUUUCUGUUUGUAUUUGUUGAACAAAGUCCUUCCACUGAUUCAAGAAUACUUAUUUAUUUGAUUCAAUU